AACAUCAUUAUGCUUUCUGCUUCACAAGGAAGAAGAAAGCAGUUCUUGGAAAUGGAAACUGUGAUAACAGCUCUGUAACUGACAGCCGUUUUCAUUUUUCAUAAUGAUUCAUAUUCAUUUUCUGUCUGUAGACAUUUUAUAGUGUUUUCUUAAGCCUCUCCUGUAACUGAGUCACUACUUCUAGAACCAAAAACGUAAAACGUCGAAGAGCUCACAGGGAAAUAUAAAGAUAAAAGCUCUCCACACAAAAGUAAACAUGGAAAAUCAAGACCCUGAUGUUGUUGAGGCAGUAAAAGCAUCAGGCGAGUCCACCCUGGAGAAGGCUACUGCAAAAGCUAAAGAAAAAAUAGACCAGUUGUUAAAUGUCUCACUUAACGUCGCUGUGACUGGAAAGACAGGAUCAGGAAAAUCCUCCUUUAUAAAUGCACUUAGAGGUGUAAGUGAAGAUGAUGAUGGAGCAGCACCUACUGGAGUCACAGAAACUACAAUGAAGGCCACCAUGUAUGAGCAUCCUACAAUGCCAAAUGUGAAGAUCUGGGACCUGCCUGGAAUAGGAAGUCCAAACUUCAAAGCAGAUAAAUACCUUAAAGAAGUCAAGCUUGACACCUAUGAUUUCUUCAUUAUUCUUAACUCAGAGAGGUUCAUGCAGAAUGAUGUCAUGCUGGCUAAAGAAAUAAGAAAACAGAAGAAAAACUUUUACUUUGUUCGUUCCAAGAUUGAUAACGACAUCAGAGCAGAGGAAAAGAAAAAAGGAUUUGAUGAGCAGAAAGUUCUUUCCAUAAUAAGAGAGGACUGUCAGAAAAACUUGACAGAACUGGGAGACCCCAAAGUUUUCUUGAUAACAUCUUUUGACUUGGACAAAUAUGAUUUUGAAAUUCUUCAAAACACUCUUGAAGAGGAGCUUCCAGACCAUAAGAGAUAUGCUCUUCUACAAGCCUGGCCAGUGUGCUCCACAGCAUCUCUUGAAAAGAAGAUCAAGAUGUUUAAAGGCAUGAUCUGGGCUGCAUCUCUUGCCUCUGCUGGUAUAGCAGUGAUCCCUGUACCUGGACUAUCAGCAGCAUGUGAUGCAGGCAUGGUGUUGGCCUUUCUCACAAGGUGCUACUAUGCAUUUGGUUUGGAUGAUGGAUCACUGUCAAGGCUUUCAGAAAAAGUGAACAAGCCCUUGCUGGAACAUCUGGCCAAAUCAAAGUUUGCAUCUGCCAUCCGUGAAAAAACAAUGGCCAGAUUACAAGUCUCUGCUGCACUUGCAACACUUGCUACUGUUGAAUAUGCUGCAAGUCUCCUUCCAGGUGGGGGCAGUGUUGCUGCUGCAGGAAUAUCCUUUGGUACUACUUAUUACCUCUUGAAAGAAGGAUUAAAUGAACUGGCAAAUAUUGCUAGAGAAAUCAGAAAAGAGGCGGAGCUGGACAUACUAUGCAUUAACUGAACAGCUCAAUUGUAUUAACCCUGAGAUAAACAUUUCCCCUCAUUGGCUGCCUGAGAGGGUCCCUUAUUAAUAAUUAAAGACAUGAUUACUUAGUAGUAGGCACUCUACCUUGUGGUUACAACACUCAUUCAUCUGCUGUUACAACUGUGCUUUGUAUUAUAUGUAUGUAUGAGGCAGUAGCUGCCAUGUAUAAGCUACCUGUUCCCUGUGGGUACGGGUAUUAAGAUGUCCUGAACAUGUUUUUCCUUAACAAUAUAUGGUUUAUAUUGCUUUUAUUGAUUGAUUUAAUUUCUAUAGGGCAUGUAAACAUUUUUUGCUUUUGUUAUGGAGUGGCCAUAUAAUGUUUGUUAGAUUGUGAGCUGAGAAAGGAGAUUAGAGUACCAAUGUGUCUAUCACUAUGCAUAUGGAUGAUUUCAGAUGUCAUUAACACUGUAUUAGAGGAAACUGUAACUGUUAAUCUGGUCUGUGUAUUUCAGUUCUGUGUCUUUGUUUUCAAUCAGUUUCCUGUGCUGUUCAGGCACCUUGGUUUCUCAUUGUUUGAUUUGUUUGAAUUAGGUAUGUCUCAUUUUUUUGAUUAGAUUGUUUGGGAAUUUAAGCUCUGUGUUUCUUUUAGUUGAUUGUCAGUUCACGUCAUGAUUUUACCGGUUCUUCUGUUCCCAUUUUAUAGUGUGUUCCCAUAAGUGUUUUGUUCAUAGUGAUUAGUUUGACUGUUUACUGCUGCACUUGGAUCCUUUCCUUACAUUAUUGGCAACCGUUUGUGACAGAAACAUUGUUUAAAACUCUUUUAUUGAAUUUCAUGUUGAGUGUUAUACGCUAUAGUAUUUAAAUAGUUCACAAUUUGUGUUAAUUUUCUCUGAAAUCUGAACAAAUUUUCUGUCUCAUAAUAAUGUAUUUGUUAUUGGAUAAUCACAUCUCACACAAUACAAAUAUGUUUAUAUACCUGUCUGUGAUAAAUGUUUGAAUAUGUAGUUACUAAUCCUACAUAUACUAUACCCAAUGUUUUAAUAUUUCUAAUAAUUAAAAAUAUUUAAAAAAUU